AUGUACAUUCCUGACAGACGCAUUGACUACUUCUUCGCCAUCCACGACUUCAGCAUCUCCGACUCCAAACUUAAGGCCAUGGAAGACUUGCACGGCAGCCCCUGGGACAUGCCCCUCCCUCAAGCACUCUUCUUGAUUUUUCUCAGCUUCAUCUUCUUCGGAGGCAUAGCGCUCGGAACCAAUACGCUCGUCGCCUACCUCGAUGCCCGGUACAGUCCACCACAAUACUACUACGGAGACAACCUACGAACGGUGCCCAACCUGCGCGGCUUUCGGGACCAGUCGGAGCCGUUGCCUCGAUAUGAGCGCGAGGAUCCUACUGCAAGACCGCUUCUUGCUUUCGAAGGGAAUACCCCGCCGCCCGCAUACGGUACCGUCUUCCAUAUUCCGGCGCCGUAUGAAGACGAUGAGAACGAUGAGGACUACUCAGCAGGAUCGUCGCCAGUUGCACCAGACAGCAGCGAUACCACUCUCAUGGUUUAA